CGGCGCGAACGAACGCCGAGGCCGGACGAGCGAGGCCGGACGGGCGAGCGCGCGGACAAAUGCGCGCGAUCCAGCCCGCGCUCCGGGACGCGCCGCGGACGACGCGCGGCGCGCGCGCGACGACGACGUCGACGUCGAGCGCGCGGCGAAAGAUGGCGUCCGCGGCGCGACGGGGACGCGCGGUGAAGGCGCAUCACGGCGGCGCGGGAGGGGAUCACGGAAGCAUGGAUAACGAUAACGGAUCGAGCGCGCCGCACGCGUGGAACUCGCAGCAAGUCGUGGAAUCGCUCGCGAAGACGUUCCUCGGCGGAUCGACGGCGGGCGCGGCGUCGAGGAGAGACAUAUCCACGCGAGCGUGGCUGUGCGAUCUCUCGGACGAGGCGACGACGGACGAAGAGUGCGCGACGUCGCGGAGAACGAUCAUCAAGGCGAGGGAGAUGGAGGUGAAGAAUGGCGUGUUGCGAUCGAGUCCUCGACCGUCGGGCGCGGCGUUUUUGAAGGAAUUGGAGCUGUACGCGACGCUGCGGAGACACGAAUCCGCCGUCGUCGUCGCGAAAUUGAAGCGACCGACGAUUCUCACGGACGAAACGAGCGGUGAGAGCGUGGCGUUCGUUGACGCGGAAGAUUUAGCGAUGGAUGACGACGAACGCAACGAAAACGACGCGUUACUGUCGAAUUAUUGCCUCACGUGCCCGCUGCGAAGCGGCGACGAAGAGCCGUCGAUGUGUGGAUUCGAGUGCGCGAUUCGUUCGCGUAUCGAGGCGCGUUCGAAGGCGCCGCUCACGACGUACCGCGCCGCCGUGUUUUCGACGAAGGCGGGCGAUUUGGAGGAAUUCCUCAUCACUAGUACGAGUUCUGGUUCGCACACGACGCGGCGAGCGCAGUUUAGCAACGCUUUGCGCGAAAAACUGGGAAUCAAUCACCGGUCGCUCGUUUAGGGCUAAUUCGUGCUUUUUCAUCGCAACAACGCUAGCUAAUGUAUCAUAGGUGUCUAGAGAUUCUUUGUAAUUUUUUGUAGAUUUUUCGCGCG